AUGCUGAGUAUCUCGCAGCUUAGCAGACUGACUAUUGAUAGACUAGAAGCUCAGACAACUUUAAAUAGUUUUGGUUCAGUGGUGAAAGAGCUUAUAUUAAAUGGAAUAGACGCACUGGCAACGAAAGUUACAGUAAGAUUAGAUUUUCAAUCAUUAGGAAUUUGGAUAAAGGAUAAUGGAGUUGGGAUCGGUUCUGAAGAUCUACCUGAUGUUGGACAAAGACAUUUUACUUCGAAGCUGGGGUAUCUUAGCGAAAACACCAGCAUCAGAACUGCUGGAUUUAAAGGUGAAGCAUUGCAUUCUUUACGCUCAUUAGCAAGAGUCACUAUUAUAUCAAAAACAGAAAAGAAUUCGCCAUUUGUUUUAUCUAAUGAGGGAGUUGAGCCGUUUGAUACAUUUCAUUCAACCAAGGGAGCUUUUGAUAUUGGUGAUCUUGGACGGAGUGGAACAGUUGUGGUGGCCACGAAUUUGUUUCACUCGACUCCCGUGAGAAGAAAGCAAAUCUUAAGAGUGCCAGAUAGCAAGUUGCUUGAUGAAGUUAGAGAAUCGUUAGUUCAAACUUUGGUGAGGAUGCCAGAGUUAUCAUUAAAAGUGUAUAUUGUUAUGUCUGGAGGAGACCUUACUUUGUUUUGUAACCAUGAUGGAUGCACGGGAAGCAUAUAUGAGAAGUAUGCUUCGAUAAUUAGAGAUGUACAUGGAUUUUUAAUACUUCCACGCUAUGAAUGUAUCUCUGCUGACUACAACGAUUAUCAGUUGCAUGGAGUAGUUGGUUAUCUCCCUUCACAGUCAUCUGCCUAUCAGUAUACAUUCAUUAAUGAGAGAUGUUCUGUACUACUUAAUGAGCCAGUGUCAACAAGGCUUGAAUUAUAUGGGUCGCCAAAAAAGAGACGUAACAGAUUUCCAGUAUUUUUGAUGAAUUUCACUUUUGCCAUGCCUGAUAUCGAUUUGAUAAAUAAACAUGUAGGGAGUGAUCAUAAGAACGUCAUUUCCAAAAUGGUUUCUCAAGUUCUUUUCAAGUUUGAAGAAUUGCUGCCAAAAAAGUCGAGCAUGCAAUAUAAGAGGAUUGGAGACGGUGAAACAUCGCCAAGGAAGCUAAGAGUAAACCAUUCGUUAUCAAGAUCCCUUAUCGAGGAACCUCAAGUACGAAAAGUUGAGUCUUUGCAAUUGGCAAAGGCUGAUUUUAAUAAAUUUAGGGUAAUAAGGCAAAUUGAUAAGAAGUUCAUAUUAAUUGUGAGCGAUGGUACCGUACUAGUUGCUGACCAACAUGCUUGUGAUGAAAGAAUAAGAGUCGAGGAGCUAUUUGAAGUCAUAAUCGACCAAAUAAGAGACCCUUUCGUUGUGUUGGGGCGUAAAAUUGAGCAUACCAUGGAAUUACCAUUGUCACCAAGAGAAUCUUUACUGUUCGUCCAAUUUCAGAAAAGUUUUGAACAAUUUGGAAUUUCGUUUUGGACAAAAGAUAAUAUGUUGAUAAUUACCCACCUCCCAUUUUUCUUGGCCAACGAAGAUGCCAAUUCCUUGAAAGCAUCUUUGUUGGAUUACCUAUAUGAUCUUGAACAACUAUCUAAACUGAAAACGUUACCUUUCGGGCAUUGGUCUUCAUUAAUUAUGCAUUUGCCAAAUUUUUUAACCCAACAUAUCAAUUCUCGUGCAUGCAGAUUAGCUGUCAAGUUCGGAGAUACUUUGAGUUACGAAGAGAUGACUUACUUAAUGUCACAAUUAGCUAAAUGUAAAUUUCCUUUUCAAUGUGCUCACGGACGACCAUCCAUUACGCCUUUGAUCAACCUCAAUUCUGAAAUAAAUAUUCCUUGA